AAAAUCCUGAAGACGAUAAUAGUAAUAAUAAUAGUUCAAAUUUACACAUCAAUGUUUUCUUUGAUCUUGGUUUCUAUGAUAUUGACAUUAAUUAUGAUUGGGUUGGUGUGUGCAGGCAAUGGUAUCCAAACUUUGAAAGUGCUGAUAACUUUAUUCAACACUUUUGUGAUAAUGCUGCAGUUUCAGAAAUUGAAACAGAUAUAAUAAUUAAUCGUAAAACACUAAAUAAGAAACAAAAAUUAAGCCAGGCUUCAAAAAAUAGAGAAAAAAAUCUAUAUGAGAAUGACUCACCCUUGUUAUUAAUACUUGCAACAACUGGUGUAGCAGUCUUUAACAUCAACAGUGCUACUAUUCACUCAGUUCUUUCUAUUUCAAUUGCUACAAAAGAUGUUGAAUUAACAGAAGAUAUUGAUAAAUUUAAUAAAAACAAGCUUUAUAUGCUAAAUCAUCCUGUUGCUAGAAUUAGAGCUAUUUAUAGUAGAGGAAGUGAGGCUCAAAAAGCUGACUUAAAUGAAGCAAAAGGCCUUGAAUCUGAGAUAUUACUGGCAAAGGAUCAACCAUUACCACUCCUGAAGGUAUUAGAGUUGUUCCAAUUGGCUCUAUACAAUGCACAUGGAAUGGGUUUGAUCUUGCCAAAGGCUAUAAUUGAUCUUGGACAAAAUGAGUUUGUCGCAGGCCUAUUAUUUGUGGCAGUAUCUCACAUUCGUUUACUUAACAAUAUAAUCUUCAAGCCUUUUAUAUUUGAAAGACUUCAAUAUAUAAAAAAUGUAAAAGACUUUGAGAGCAGAUUCUUGAAAAAGAACAGUUAUUGA